CCAGAAUGCAAAAGAUCUGCCAGACAAUUUGUCCCAUUAUUCAUCACCCUCGCCGGAUCGAUCGCCUUCCUUCGAUCCCUUUUCCAUGCUCAUUCAAAACCCUAAAAUUGGAUCCUUGAAUCAAAGGAAAGGGGAGUGGCGUUGUCCGGAGAAGAGAGAGUAAACGAUUCCAUUCCGAUCCAUUCAGGCGAUGAGAUCUGGGGCUGUCGUCAUGGCGUGGAACGUCUUCAAGUUCUGUACCGCGCUGCGGGCUCUCGGUUCGCUCAUGAUCCUCGUCGUCCUCGGCGUCGUAGGCGCAAGCUAUUAUGCCGUCGUCGUCUCCAACUACGGGCCGGCCCUCUUCGCCGGAGGUUUCAGCUCACUUCGAUCUCUUGCUGUCUUGGUCCCUUUCCAUAUCCUGUUGGGAUUACUUCUGUGGGCCUAUUUCUCCGUGGUACUUACAGACCCUGGCAGUGUGCCCUCAAAUUGGAAGCCCGCUGUAGAUGAGGAGAUUGCUGAAACUGCUCCGUUAACUGGCACAGAGUUCAGUGGCAAUAUUCUAAAUUUGCAACAACCUGGAUCUCUUACAGACACAGGAAGUCCAAAAAUAAGAUACUGCAGGAAGUGCAAUCAGUUGAAACCACCUCGCUGCCAUCACUGUUCUGUUUGUGGUAGAUGUGUACUUAAGAUGGAUCACCAUUGUGUGUGGGUCGUCAAUUGUGUGGGGGCUUUAAACUAUAAAUUCUUUCUACUUUUUCUGUUUUACACAUUUCUUGAGACAUCUCUUGUCACCCUUUCACUCUUUCCCCAUUUUAUUGCUUUCUUUAAAGAUGUGGAGAUACCCGGGACACCAGGAACACUCGCAACUACUUUUCUCGCAUUUGUAUUGAAUCUGGCAUUUGCAUUAAGUGUCAUGGGAUUUCUGAUCAUGCACGUCUCUUUAGUAAUGAAGAAUACAACAACAAUUGAGGCAUAUGAGAAAAAAACAACUCCAAAUUGGGAGUAUGAUCUUGGCCGAAAGAAGAAUUUCGAACAGGUCUUCAUUUACCAAUUGAUCUGGAUGAUGUAUUGUUUCGGUAUUUGGAACCGACAAGAAAUACUGGUUCAUUCCUGCAUACUCAGAGGAGGAUUUGCGACGAAUGCCUGCUCUGCAAGGAUUUGAAUACCCCACCAAAUCAUAUCUGGAUACACAUUAGCUCCCAAAGUUCAACUUUGCAACAAAAAUUAUAAUUCAGGAAGCAGAAUUGCACAUGAGAAAUAACUUUGUACAUGUUAACUGGAGGCCAUGCGUCUAACUUCGCCAAGUUUCCCUCCGGCAUUGAUCUCUGCCUUCAAAAAAAUUUAACAUUAAAGGCCAAAGAAACUUACAUUAGUGGAUGUAUGGCAUUAAAAAGUUGUUUUCUAGAAUUAUUAGUUUUUUACUGUUGCGAUAAUAUAUAUAUGUAGUUACCGUCA